AUGUCAACAUCAGAUAGAAUAAAGAAAGCAAUAGAAAUAAACGAUAGUAUAGUCUAUGCUGGUUCAAAAAUAGGUGUUGCCAAAGGAGCAUUAAAUGCACUUGGAAUGGUUGGAGAUGCUUUAAGAUAUGAUAACGAAUGUUUGGAGCAUGAUCUUGCUGAAAUGAAUGAGUUUAUGCAACAAAUUAAAGGCGGUGUCGAUGAUAAUCAAAAAAAAUUGAAUAUGAUUUAUCAAGAAAUUGUAUCAAUUCAAACACAUAUGCAACAAUCCGAAAGAAAAUCAUUGGAUUCAAAAAUUAAUGCACCAAAAAUUGAUCCAAAUCAAUUACAAAAACCAGAACUUUCAGAAGAAAAUAAACAACGCCCUAGUCAUCCUAGAAUUAUAAAAAGAAUAUACCUAAGAAAUUUAACGGAAGUUGCAUGUAAAAUUAAUGAUAAAGCAAAGCCAAAGUUGGCAAAUUUCAAAUUUGCUAGAAUGUUAGAGGGUGAUUCCUCGAAUCUUGAAGAUAUUUUAAAUGUUAUUCAUUGGUUAGCUCCUGAAAAGAUGUUUGAACAUAAAAGUGAUAAUAAUAAGAAUUACAAACGACCAUACACACAGAAAUGCGAAAUUUUUAGCUUUGGCAUGCUUCUUUGGGAAUUAUGCUUUGAAAGGGUUCCAUAUGCUAACAAAGGCAUGGAUGAUAUUAUAUCUUGGGUUACAACUGGUGGUAGAGAAAAAAUUCCUGUUUGUAAAGGAGACGAGAAAGAUAAAGAAAUUCAAAAAGAAUUCGUGACGAUUAUUAAAAUGGCAUGGCAGCAUGAUCAAGAAGCUAGAAUUAACAUAAGCAAAUUAUUUGUAAUGCUUUCAAAAAUGGCCUCAAAACAUGUUAUACCUGGUGCUCCUACAUAUCUUUUGCCUAAUAAAACUAUAGAUUAUGGUCAUCAAUCAGAUUCAUUGUUGUCGGAAGAUAAGGAAUUUUAUUUGUCAGAUGAGGAUGAACAGACUGAGGAAAAAGAAAAUUUUCUAUCAAUAGAAGAAGGAAUUAGACGUCAUAAUUUAAAAACUCUUGAAGACAGAAAAAUUGCUUGGAAAAUCUUUGAUGUCAAUGCAGAAAGAGGUGACUAUGCUGCAAUGCGUUGGAAAGGUAUUUACUUAUGGGAAGGCUAUCAUAUUGAUAAUAGAACUGAUGAACAAAUUAAGGAUGACAGGAAUAAGGCCCUCGAACUUUUCAAAUUAACUGCCGAUUACGGUAUUCCAGAUUCUCAGAUGCGUUACGCAUUCGCUUUAAAAGAAUUAGGAUUGUUAAAAGAAAAAGAGGAUCGUGAUGAAUUUAUAAAAUAUUUGAAAAUGUCUGCUGAUAAUGGCAACGCUGCUGCCAUGUUCAAUAUUGCUGAUAUUUACGUAAAUGGAAAAUUGAAAUAUCAAAAAGAUACAAAACCGGAAUAA